GGACGUAGAAGGAAAGCCCAAACCCGCAUCCACGUCCCACUCCCACUACCCGAAGCCGGCGGCGGCGGCGGAGGCAGCAGCGUCAGGCCAUGGCGUCGUCGUCAACUCCGGCGGCCAUCCGCGAUAUGCAGAAGGACCUCGAGGUCCAGGCCAACGCCCUCAGCAAGAUCCAGAAAGACAUCUCCAAGAACCACCAGGUCCGCAAGCAGUACACCAUCCAGGUCGGCGAGAACGAGCUCGUCCUCAAGGAGCUGGAGCUGCUGAGUGACGGGGCGAACGUGUACAAGCUGAUCGGGCCGGUGCUGGUCAAGCAGGACCUCGCGGAGGCCAAGGCCAACGUCAAGAAACGCAUCGAGUACAUCUCGGCCGAGCUGAAGCGGAUGGAUCGGGCGCUCAAGGACUUGGAGGAAAAGCAGAACAGCAAGAAGGAAUCGAUAUUCAAGUUGCAACAGAGGAUGCAGGUUGUACAAGCUGGACAAGCAAAGGCGUAGCCAUCUGUUUGCUUGUUUGUUUGUUGCAACUAGUCCCAAGGGCAUCCGGGAUUCAAUUCAAAUACCCUCCUGUUUUUCAUGUAGAAUUAGGUACCUGGCAUUCUCUUCUCUAAAUAUGAAAGAAAUGUUUGUGUUCUGAGAUUGAGAGGUUCUUAAGGUCCGCCUCGUGAUGGAUCAUGGAUGUACUUCUGGUCGCUCUGAUGUAAAAGUCUGGCACUCGAUAGAAGACGUAGGACAAGCUUUGUAUUGGCAUCCUUGGGUGUCUUACUGUGUAUCAUUCCAUUUGUGCUAUCGUUCCAGCCUCAACUUGAUGCUUCUGAAAGGGGAACGUUGCACAAUUUUGUUUCAAAUUAA